ACGGACUCACCGUUUGCCACUUAGCGCUUCCAAUUCCCGCAUUCCCUCUCUCUCUCCCUCUCUCCCUCCCCUUCUUCCCUUCCGUUUCAUUUCCAAUCACUUUACGAUCCGAUUCGUUCCUUCUUCGAUCUCCAGCUUCAAAAUCCAUCAACAAUUGAUGUUAUGAAGGAACUAAAUGGAUCGUCUAUUUCGGCAUUGAAAGAUUAUCUCUGAUUAUCUUUCUUUUCCGUUUCUAUAAGCUAUGGGAUUAUCUUCCGAUAACAUCCAUGGCCUCAUUCUUGCUGUCUCUUCCAGUAUCUUUAUAGGUAGUAGCUUCAUUAUCAAGAAGAAAGGUCUUAUGAAAGCCGGUGCUUCUGGAACCAGAGCAGGUUCUGGAGGAUAUUCGUAUUUGUAUGAACCUAUGUGGUGGGCCGGGAUGAUAAGUAUGAUUGUUGGAGAGGUUGCUAAUUUCGCUGCUUAUGCUUAUGCUCCUGCAAUUCUCGUAACUCCUUUGGGAGCUUUAAGUAUAAUUUUCAGUGCAGUACUAGCUCAUUUCAUUUUAGAGGAAAGGCUACAUAUAUUCGGCAUGCUGGGAUGUGUUCUGUGUGUGGUGGGAUCAACAACUAUUGUUUUGCAUGCACCUCAGGAGAGAAAUAUUGAAUCUGUCAAGGAAGUUUGGGUGCUUGCUACGGAGCCAGGUUUUCUAGUGUACUCCGUGAUAGUUUUGGUUCUAGUUGUUGUUCUCAUUGUUCGAUAUGUGCCAAGAUACGGACAAACCCACAUGGUUGUUUACGUUGGAAUUUGUUCUCUCAUGGGUUCUCUUACGGUUAUGAGCGUCAAAGCAGUAGGAAUUGCACUUAAGCUAACAUUUUCAGGGAUGAAUCAGUUUAAGUACUUUGAGACGUGGUUUUUUACCGUCAUUGUGGCUGGAGGUAGCAUUUUACAAGUCAACUAUUUAAACAAGGCUCUGGACACCUUUAACACUGCCGUAGUAUCUCCAGUUUACUAUGUGAUGUUCACAUCACUCACCAUCCUUGCGAGUAUGAUUAUGUUUAAGGACUGGGAUUCACAAAAUGCAUCACAAAUUGCAACAGAACUAUGCGGUUUUGUUACGAUUCUUUCCGGAACUUUUCUCCUACAUAAAACUAGGGAUAUGGGGAGUCCUCCGUCCUCCGAUGGCCCAAUUGUCGUAAGGUCCCCAAAACGACCUAGUUCAAACACAAGUUCUGACUAACACCCCCAGCAGCAUAGCAAAUUUUACAAAAAAAAAAAAAAACAAUAACAACAAAAAAGAAGAAAGUAGACGUAUCACAGACCAAUCUAUUUCCGUCCAAUAAACAAAACAAACCCCUCAUCUCGUCAUCCAAAUGGGCCAUUGCUGGGGGGAGGACAGAUUUUUGGAUGGAAGAUUCUUGUUAAUUUAUUGUAAGAAGAAAGAAGCAAACCAGGUGGCCACAUAUAUUAGCAAAAGGCAAAAUGGAAGUUCAAAGGUUUGUUUGGUUCUCACUUUUCAUCUUUGAGGUACAGAUUCAAAUUUUUAAUUUUUUUUUUUUAAGAAAAAGAAAGAAAAAAAAUCAAAAAGAAAAAUCAUACAAAUAUACGUUACAGGUUGUGAUAAACAAAAACAAAAAGGGGUAAGGUACUCACUCAAUAGAAGUUACUAUAGCUAACAUUUGAGGAUACAUUGUAAAAUUUGUGGCAGAAAAAUUGUAGGGUUUGGGAGAUUUCUAUAUACCAAUCAAUGUUCUUUCUCUUUCUCCAACAUUUAGUUUUGGUUUUUGAUGAUUCAACAAUUGUAAUUGUUCUGACAAAAAUUGUCAGUAAUUUGACUAUUGUUUGAUACACUACAAUGAUACCAAAUGGGCCAAAAUGUUAUUUUGUGAA